UUCUAUACUCUGUUAAAUUACACUCAAUUCACUACAGAUUCUCUCUCUCACACACACACACACACACUCGCCGGAUAACUCAUUUUCCGGCAGAUUUUCCGUUCUGUUCAUUUCUCUAUUCUCUCGGUCGCUAAAGCUUACUCCGACCGAUUAUUAUACACGACGUGUGUAUGAACACUCUGUUGUGCUUAAUUUCAUUUUCUGGUAACCCAACAAAUCCAGAUUUGUGUGGUUCAAUUUCGAUUUCCAUUUGCAUGUUCGGUUUCUCAAUUCCACCACCAUUCACACAGUAAAACACACACACACACACACACGCUGUGGUUGAUUUUCAAUUUUGGAUUGAAGAUGUCAGUGUACGAUGCGGCGUUUGUGGACACCGAGCUGUCGAAGAAGACCUCGAUCUUCGGUCUCCAUCUAUGGGUGGUGAUCGGUAUAGUCCUCGGAGUCGUGAUUGUACUCAUCCUCUUCUUCUUAUCUCUCUGCGUCACCGCCUCCCGCCGCCGCAGCAGCAGCGGCAAGGGCAAGGGCAAACGCCGCCGUCAAUCGUCGCUCUCCGGCGGUGCCGAGAUUACCCCCGCCGUCUCCAAGGAAAUCCAGGAGAUCGUCCACGACAACACCUCCGCCGCCGCUCACCGCCCCAUUGCACCGCAGGGAGUACCUGAGAUACAGAUAGAUAUGGGCAAAGUGGAGCACAGAGUGGUGUUUUCCGAUAGAGGAGCAUCGAGCGGUGAGAGCAGAGCAACCAGUGGUGCUGACACUGCUUCAUUUGGAGGCAGUGGAUCAUUGCCUGAGGUGUCACAUUUGGGAUGGGGAAGAUGGUAUACAUUGAGAGAGCUCGAAGCAGCCUCUAAUGGAUUGUCGGACGAGAAUGUGAUCGGUGAAGGUGGAUAUGGUAUUGUGUAUUACGGCGAGUUGGCUGAUAAUACCCGAAUUGCCAUCAAGAAUUUGUUGAAUAAUAGGGGUCAAGCUGAAAAAGAGUUCAAGGUGGAGGUGGAAGCAAUUGGACGUGUUCGACACAAGAAUCUUGUUAGGUUACUCGGAUACUGCGUCGAAGGAGCUUACAGGAUGCUCGUCUAUGAAUAUGUGGACAACGGAAAUUUGGACCAGUGGCUUCACGGAGAUGUAGGAGAAGUCAGCCCUUUGACAUGGGAGAUUCGUAUGAAUAUUAUUAUAGGAACUGCUAAGGGCUUGGCUUAUCUACACGAGGGCCUAGAACCGAAGGUUGUUCACCGUGACAUCAAGACCAGCAACAUAUUACUCGAUCGUCAGUGGCAUCCUAAGUUGUCUGAUUUUGGACUUGCUAAGCUUUUAAAUUCGGAUAAUUCUUAUGUCACGACUCGGGUGAUGGGAACAUUUGGAUACGUUGCACCGGAAUAUGCUUGCACGGGUAUGCUGAAUGAGAAGAGCGAUAUUUAUAGCUUUGGAAUAUUGAUUAUGGAGAUUAUUACAGGAAGAUCUCCUGUCGAUUACAGUCGGCCAAAGGGAGAGGUUAAUUUAGUUGAUUGGCUAAAGACGAUGGUCGGAAAUAGAAAAUCGGAGGAAGUAAUUGAUCCUAAAAUAACGGAAAAGCCCGCUUCAAAAGCACUAAAACGUCUUAUCUUAGUAGCCCUUCGAUGUGUUGAUCCCGAUGCCCAAAAGAGGCCCAAAAUGGGGCAUGUGAUCCACAUGCUCGAAUCAGAGGACUUGCUAUCUCGCGAUGAACGAAGAGUAGGUCGAGAAUCUUCGAGUUCACAUACAGAGAUGGCUAAUAAACAAAGCAGUGAAGGUAUAUCUGAUCUUUCUAAUGGAGUGGAUAGAAAUAGGAACAACAAUAUGCCAACAACUAGAUUGAGAUAGUAUUAUCAUUAUUUGAAUUUUUUUAAUAAAUGAUUCGUUUUAUAUGCUUUA